AUGCAAAAGCACACGCUCGUCGCAAAGCCAGAUAACACUCCUGCUGCCGCUUCUUGCAGCAGUGUCAUUCUCUGGCCGAACAGACACACCAUCUCUGCGGCAUGUCGCAUCUGGAACAAUCCCCGGCACCUCAAAUUCCGCCAGCCGGGCCCCGGAUCUACGCCCUGGCGAUCUCUGCUCUUUUUCACGCUCCGAAGCGGCCUUAAAGUGGCCGCCAUCGUCAUCAUAGACCGCAUGCUUGUCAAGAAAAUUCAAGCACAUCUCUUCGCCAACAGCAACGUUCUCGAUUUCACACCAGAUCAACUUCCAAUCAUCCGACCUCUCCUCGGUAUUCGCAUUGAUGAAGAGGAUGUUGAUCCCAUCUCCAGACACCAGUUCCUACUGCGCGCAUUCAUAAGUGUUUCAUGGAUCUGGGCUAAUUUUGUGUUUCUCGAAUCGUGUCACGUCAUUCUGGCCAUUUUCUUUGUUGCCAUUCUCCGUCUCGACAAUCCAGAAGACUGGCCAUCAUUGUUCGGAAAUAUCGCCGAUGCGUGGACUGUGCGUCGGUUCUGGGGCCGCUUCUGGCACCGCAUCGCGACACCAACGCUUUCUCAGUGGACGCGAAUUAUCAUCCAGCGAGUUCUACAUCUUCAGCUCACCAGUGGUGUCGCAAAGACAGUAGAAGCUUUUGGGAUCUUCUUCUUGUCCGGGUUAGCCCACGCCCUGGCAUCAUGGCGAACGGGCGAGGGCUUUGCGCACCUUGAUAUAUUGUUCUUCUGCGCCAAUUUUGUUGUUGUCGCGGUCGAAAUCCUCGUGGCAAGGCUCUGGAAAUACGCAGUCAAGGGCACAUGGAUUGAGUUGGAGCUGCGGCGGAAUUCCAAACUGCGUGUGGUGGGGAAAGUAUUGGGACUCGUAUGGGUUUUUUCUUGGUUUUUCUGGAUGGUGCCGAGAUGGUUGUAUCCGAAAGCGUUGCGUUUGUCAAUCAAACAGGCGUUGAUGAUCGAAUCUCUUAUGUUAAAUGCGAAGUCUUAGAGUAACCGUUGAAAAGGCGCAUAGUAAUUGGAUCCAGAAUAUGGAGUAGGUAGGCGUGGAGUGAUUAAUUGUGGAAUAUACCUUUCAGAUUCUAUUUAUCAGUCUUUGUCAGCCAAAAAUGGAUAUGUAGUUAUGUAGUUACAUGUUUUGGGCAUAAGCAUCACGACGAAUUAUCUGAAGUACGUGAUUAAGUUUGCAAUCUGUGGGCUUGGUACUUCAUAAUCCAAUAACAGCACACAUCGAUGAUAAAGCCAUGUUCGUUGA